AUGGCAGCUUGCAAUGGUGAUUCUUCAUCUCAAAACGCCAACAACAACGGAAAUGUGACAGAAUCGCAACUUUUCGACGAAUUAUACGAUAUGCAAUGUUUUCGAAUUGGAGAGUUUUAUUUGAAGUCCGGACAAAUGACACCGAUUUAUAUUGAUUUGCGUAGAAUUAUGAGCUCGCCAAAGGUUUUGGUGAGUUUCGAUGAAAAAAAUUCAUAUAAAUUGAAAAGUUAUGGAUUUUCAGCCGAAAUAACUUCCCCUUUAAAAUCCCUAAUUAUUGCAGCGUAUGGCAGCUCAAGCAAUGUGUGAAAAAGUGUUGGCUCUUCAGCUCAAAUUCGAUUAUGUUGUUGGUGUUCCUUAUGCAGCUUUGCCUUUGGCAACUUUGGUUUCAGAUAUUCUUCAAAUUCCAAUGUUGAUGAAGAGAAAAGAAGCCAAAUCUUAUGGAACUAAACAACUUAUUGAGGUGCGCGGAAAAUUGAGAAACACAUUUUUUUGAAAAAGGAGACGUUUCAACAUUAAAUUCAUGAAAAUAUUUAAUUUCUGAUUUAUAAAAAAAAUUACAAAACAAUUCUAGAAAAUUACUAUUUUCAAUCCAAAAUCUCAAAUAAAUUUCAUAAUUUUGACCCAACAAAUUAUUUGAAAAUUUCAACUCAAAAAAUCCCAAAUUUAAUUUCAGGGUGUUUGGUCUGAAGGCGGAACAGUUCUUCUAGUCGAAGAUGUUGUCACAACUGGAGAAUCUAUUAGAGAAACUGCUGAAGCAAUUCGAAAAGAGAAUUUGUUGGUGACUGAUUCGAUUGCCGUUUUGGAUAGACAACAAGGAGCAACUGAUAAUUUGAAAAUUGAUCAGAUUAACUUUUUGAGGUGAGAUUUGUAUGGAGUUUUUAUGGAAACAAAAUUCGCUCGGAAAAUUCUUGAUUUGUAUGAGAAAUCUGAAAUUCUUCAUAGAAAUUCACCUUGAGAAAAUAGGUUUAAAAAUUAUUAUAUCUAAAAAAUGUGUCAAAAUAGAAUAGAGAAAAAUCUUUUGCAGUUUCUUAACCAUGGAAAAAAUCCUCGACGGACUGAUUGGCAAAAAUGUGAUCACCGAACAACGCAAACACGAAAUUAUUGAGCAUCUCGCCAAGCCAUUUUAA